AUGCACGAAUUUAAUAUUGGACCAAUUGGUAACUGGAAUGGAAGUGUCCGUGUCAUCACUAAAUUGGGUAACAUUGCCAACGAGACUGUGGAUGUGAUCUGCGUAUCUGUGAGCGACUCCUUGAGGCACUCUCAUUCUGUGUGGAACGCCCUCACUAAAGUUGCAGGGACCAAUGAAUACAAGGUUGCUUUCGACAAGGCGAGAGAGUCAUUAACAAGCUGGCUUACCCCUGGUGACGUCCUUGCCGUGGAUGCCACAACUACUAAGCUGGCAGUAAAAUUCGUGUUCCUCGUUGUUCACCCGGAUAUUCAUCACCUUGAUAAGGCAUAUCGCUCUAUAUUCCAUGAGGCUGUAGCUAGACAGUGUACAUCUAUAGCUAUUCCUGGGCUUGGAUGUGGUAAUAUCGGAAAUAGUGUUAGCUCGAGUGCCGUUACGGCAUGUACGGCAAUUUAUGAAACGGCUACAAGCAAUGCUUUCAGCUGUAUACAGAUGGUUGCAUUUGUUGACGUCAAGCAGGAUGUGGUAAACAAAUUUGCUGCUCAGUUGCACGCCAAGUUUGUAAAUAGUGACACCAUGAAAUCAAUGGAGGCAAUUAAUAGCAUGCAGAAAUUCAUCAAACCCCUUUCGGAGGUCGUGGAAGACGACUGUUCAAUUUGUUUGAGUGCUCUCGGAGGCGGUGAAUCAGAGGUUUUCGAGUUGCCUUGUGCUCACCAGUAUCAUGUACAAUGCUUUAGGGAAUACUUGGAUAGUCCGGGGCAUAAAAAGUGGUGCCCUCUUUGCCGAAAAUACUUCGAGCUCCCUCUAGGCGACCAACCGAACGAGGCCCGGAUGUUUAUUAACAAGAAUUUUUCUUUGAAGCUACCUGGUCAUGAAGAUAGUGAUUUUACGUACGAGAUUUUGUACAUUGUUGAAAGUGGAAUUCAAGAGGCGAGUCAUAUAAGGCCUGGGAAGCCUUUCAGUGGAACUCGUAGAAGAGCAUAUGUACCUGGGACGCCGGAAGGAACGAAGGUGCUACGGUUACUGAGAUUCGCUUUUGAGCGUCGUCUUAUUUUCACGCUGAGAGGUCGUGUGUGUUUAAUGUGUGAUGCGUUGGCGGAAUUGGGUGAAGAAGGUAACGAAGACUACGUGGUUGGUGAACAGUGCGCUUCCUAUGAUUUACACGCAAUUCAUAUUCCUAAUAGUAUUACAUGCAGAGUUACGUUGUUAGCACGUGGUGAUGUUAUGGGUUUGGUGGCUUCACUCAUUUGGUUCCUCGGCGCACUUUUCUAUUUCUGGGGACUUUUCGUCACUAGCAAAGCUCUGACAUAUAUAACAACGCAUUACAGAGGUUACGACGACGUGGAUCCAGAGCGAGUGCAAUUCAUCGAACAGAUGCUGAGAGACCUGAUUGACGAGAUCAAGCAGAAGGAGCUGGACAUCGCUGCCGGAGCCAUUAUUCCGACAACGGAGCCUGACCCGGAACAUAUUGACGAAGUCACAGCAAAGGGUCCAUCGGAGUGA